UCCAUCCAUCUCCAAUAUUAUUUCCCUAACCUUAUUCAUCCAGCUGCUCAUAGACUCACAGUUUUUGAUCUUAUUUGUCUUUCUUUGUGCUUUGGCUGCUUAAUUCAUUCAAGCUCUCGCACAACAAUAUGCCAACCAUCAACAAUAUUUGCUUCGUUUUCUUUCUAACUGUGUGCGCCAUGGCCUCUCUGUCAUUGGCAUCAGCAUCAGCAUCACUCAAAGUAGGUUUCUAUAAAUCAACUUGUCCAUCUGCGGAGGCAAUUGUGAGAAAAGCUGUCAACAAAGCGGUGUCACGGAACCCUGGCUUGGCUGCUGGCCUCAUCAGAAUGCACUUUCAUGACUGCUUUGUUAGGGGCUGUGAUGCCUCCGUCCUGCUCGAUUCAACUCCGGGAAACCCAUCAGAGAAGGAAAAUCCAGCCAACAAUCCAAGCUUACGAGGCUUUGAAGUGAUCGAUGAGGCAAAGGCUGAACUUGAAGCUCAGUGCCCGCAAACUGUCUCAUGUGCAGACAUUGUUGCAUUUGCAGCCCGUGACAGCGCCUACAAAGCUGGGCACAUCAAUUACGACGUGCCAUCAGGACGCCGCGAUGGCAGGGUUUCACUUAAAGGUGAGCCGGACGGAAACCUCCCAGCACCUACCCUCAACGCCGAGGGACUCAAAGAAAACUUUGCCAAAAAAGGGCUUAGUCUUGAUGAAAUGGUGACGCUUUCUGGGGCACAUUCUAUAGGGGUGGCACAUUGUUGCGCCUUCUCAACUCGCUUGUAUGGUUUCAAUGCAACCCAUCCACAAGACCCUUCAAUGGAUCCCAUAUUUGCUAGAUACUUAAGGACUAAGUGUCCCCCACCACAAAAUGCUGAUGAUUGUGAUCCGACGACGGUGCCACUUGAUGUUCUUACACCGACAAGGCUGGAUAAUAAGUACUACAAGGAUUUGAAGCACCACCAUGGCUUAUUGACCUCUGAUCAGACUCUUUUGAGCAGCCCUUCCACGGCUGGGAUUGUGAGGAACCACGCAAGGCAUGGUACAGCAUGGGCUAAGAAGUUUGCGGCAGCUAUGGUGAAAAUGGGUUAUAUUGAUGUUCUUACAGGAAGCCAGGGUGAGAUCAGGAAAAACUGUAAGGUUGUCAACUAGAUUAUUUGGGUUUUUAUUGGUGAGAGUUGGGAUUUUUUUCUUUUCUUUUUCUUUUUCUAUUAUUUCAUUCUUCGGUGCUGAAUCAAGUGUAAAGCAAUUAUUUUUCAUAAGUUAUCAAGUGUGAAGCAAUUCUUUUUCCUAA